AUGGCUUCGGUUGACUAUUCCGUAUAUCCCCACACCAGAUUCCCCAGGCCAGCGCUGUGUGCCGCCAGAAACCCGACACCAGGGGCUAUUCUGUAUCAAUUGGUCACUGGGUGGCUGCUGAGAUUUGUUCAUCAUGAGCCGACAUCGGUCGGUGAAACAUUGCAAAUCGCUAUUGAAGGUGAAGACUGGGCAAGUACUGACAUGGUUUGGAUACUUAGAUAUAGAUUAAUAAUAGCCUUGGCGUUCGAAAAGACUGAUGCGAUGCUUUUAUGGUAUAGUCGUGGCCUAGUAGAGUCUUAUAAAUUACUAUUCUAUAGUAAAAUCCUACUAUUAAUCAGUAGUAGUAGUAGUAGUAGUAGUAGUAGUAGUAGUAGUAGUAGUAGUAGUAGUAGUAGUAGUAGUAGUAGUAGUAGUAGUAGUAGUAGUAGUAGUAGUAGUAGUAGUAGUAGUAGUAGUAGUAGUAGUAGUAGUAGUAGUAGUAGUAGUAGUAGUAGUAGUAGUAGUAGUAGUAGUAGUAGUAGUAGUAGUAGUAGUAGUAGUAGUAGUAGUAGUAGUAGUAGUAGUAGUAGUAGUAGUAGUAGUAGUAGUAGUAGUAGUGGUGGUGGUGGUGGUGGUGGUGGUAGGGGUGAGGUACAUAGUCUACCUCGCCAUUCACGUUCUUUGGUGGCUCAGGAUGUGGCUCGACGCCCCUUUGGUCAGGGUGUGGGGAUGUUGAAGAUGGCAUCUUGGACUUGGAAGGUGAGAAUGUAA